AUGGGGGUUGGAAAGGAUCUAGUAGUGUUUUUCAAGGAGGGUGGCAAGGUGCUUUUCAAAGCAAUGGCAAGCACUAUUUCCGAGGCCAUGCUCAGAGACAGGAUGUCGAAGGCAGAGGCUGAAAUGAUCCUGGAUAUAUCACCGAGUGUAAGCAGGGACAGGAUGAAAGACACAUUUUUUGAGAUGUAUUGUGCUAACGCCAAGGAGAACGGGGGAUCUCCAUAUAUACAAUCGAAAAUCCUUGGCGCAUAUACUGUUCUUUCCGGCGCCAGUCCGAAGUCUGUGGAUUUCUUGGAGGCUAAUAGAAGAAUCUGCCAGAGAAACACUGAGAAAGCUCUUCACACAAAAAAUAAAAGAGUUCGGCUUUGA